CUUAAAACACUUAAAAUCUAGAUUAAAGCAAAAGCAUCCGUAUCUCGUAUUUACUUAAGCCAGAAGCUGAAAUCAAAAAACGCCUCUAAAAUGCUUGUACUUGUGUUAGGAGAUCUUCAUAUUCCACAUCGAUGCGCAAGUUUACCAGCAAAAUUUAAAAAGUUAUUAGUACCGGGACGAAUCCAUCAUAUAUUAUGCACAGGAAAUCUUUGCACAAAAGAAACCUAUGACUAUCUUAAGACUUUGGCAAAUGAUGUACACAUAGUGCGUGGCGAAUUUGAUGAAAAUUUAAGCUAUCCGGAACAAAAAGUUGUUACAGUUGGACAAUUUCGUAUUGGGUUGUCGCAUGGACAUCAGGUAGUGCCUCGUGGUGAUCCAGAAGCUCUAGCUUUGAUUCAGAGGCAACUGGAUGUUGAUAUAUUAAUUUCCGGACACACCUACAAGUUUGAAGCUUAUGAACAUGGUAAUAAAUUCUAUAUUAAUCCAGGCUCCGCUACUGGUGCUUUCAACCCAUUGGACCUAAAUGUAAUUCCAUCUUUUGUGCUAAUGGACAUACAAAGUUCGACCGUUGUGACAUAUGUAUAUCAGCUUAUUGAUGACGAAGUUAAAGUAGAGCGUAUUGAAUACAAAAAAAUAUAAUAAAAGCUACAAUAUAAACGCAGAAGACACUCGCAUAAGAUGCCUUUGCAUCUGGCAUAAGUUACACAUCAACAUCAAGAUACAAAGGAAUUAUUAAUAAUGUUGAAUGUGUGUAUGCCUAUUUUCAUACAUUUUAUUACAUUAAUGAAAAUAUCUAUUUAUAUAUGCGGCAGAAAUAGCCUUUUAAAAUUUAAGUUUAAUCCAUUCCUAGCUAUCUUUGUUACUGUUCAUUACGAUGUGUAAAAAGUAAAUUGUAUGAUUAAUAAACUCGAAAAUGUGUAUAUAUUAACGUU